AAAUUACAGCUAGCCAGCUAGGGUUUUCAUUUUUCCGUGCUUCUCCUUGCUUGAUGGGAGGUUUUCCCAUUAAAUGUCUUCGAAGUCUACAAGUAAGCGAGCUCUCGUCAAUUUCGAUGUCAAUUCAUCUACAGUGUCUUAAACUAUCUCUCUUGCUAUUUUUUUCCUUGUAUAUAAUUAUAAAGUAUAGAGUGGAAAGGAAGAAACUUUUUCCUACUCUAACGAAGAAUAUUGGUUUGGGUGAAGAUCAAGAAAGUUGAUAAUGGAGGGGAGAGAACCGGAGCUGAGAUUGUUUGAUAGCAGUGAAGAGCUCGAUUCAUGCUUUGCCGAUUACGUUUAUCAAAUUUCAGAAUCCGCUGUCAAUGAGAGAGGCUCUUUUUCCCUUGUUAUCUCCGGGGGAGAUAUGGCAAACCGCUUAGGAAAACUAACAAGACCUCCAUUCUUGAAAACGGUGGAUUGGUCAAAAUGGCAUGUGUUUUGGGCUGAGGAGAACGUGGUUCCUGAUAAGAGGCACCCUGAUAGUUUCUACAGGCAGGCCGCAGAAGCUUUCAUCUCCAAGGUUCCCAUAAUGCCGACGCAUGUUGUUUCCGUGAGACACGGCGUGCCGGGAGAGUCGGCCGCCAAUGGCUACGAGUUCUCCAUCAGACAGCAAGUAAGAAGAAGAACGGUUCCUGUUUCUCCAUCUAGUGACUGCCCCAGAUUUGACCUUGUGCUCUUAAAUCUGGGAAACAACUGCCACGUGGCGUCUCUUUAUCCUAAUCAUCCAGUCUUAGAAGAGGACUCCCAGUGGGUUGCCUGCGUGUCAUCUGACGCGUCUAGAGAGAGCGUGACACUGACUCUACCAGUUAUAAACGCUGCUGCAAACGUGGCUAUCGUGGCCUCCGGGAAUGAUGUGGCCCGUUCGUUUUCGCAUGUGAUGAUGGAACCGAAGGCGGAUGAACCUUAUCCAGCCCAGUUGGUCGGGCCCAAAGAUGGGAAGCUGGUUUGGUUUGUAGAUGCUGCUGCUGCAUCCUUGUUCCUACAUGGCCACGGAACUUCUGCCACCUGAACGUUUUUAAUUGUAAUUUGUAAUCAAGUUAAUUAGUAAGUUUUAAUAAAAUAAUAUGCAUAUUUAAUUGUAUCUGAAUCUUUUCAUUUUGUACUUGUGAUUAUGUCAUGUUUGCAGCUGCAGGCGUUGAAUUAGAGCAAUGUGAUGGCAUAUAUAAAAGCUGUCUAAAGAUUUUAAUAAUAUUUGUUUUUUAUUCUUCA